GGUCCAAUCAGGUGCGAGGAUGUUGGCAGAGAGCGAUUUUAUAUUUUGUGAUUGAGCUACGUUCGAAGAAAACCAUACCAGAAGAUAUCUGUCUAUCUCUCUUGUGUAUAACACCACUUCCUAUGUUCUCGAACAACGAUGAAGCUGUGAUAAACAAGAAACUCCCAAAGGAACUUCUGCUCCGAAUAUUCUCCUUUCUGGAUGUGGUCACCUUGUGUCGCUGUGCUCAGGUUUCCAGGUACUGGAAUGUCCUGGCACUGGAUGGCAGUAACUGGCAAAGAAUCGACCUGUUUGACUUCCAAAGAGAUAUAGAGGGCCGAGUGGUAGAGAAUAUUUCCAAAAGAUGUGGUGGAUUUUUACGGAAGCUUAGUCUGCGUGGAUGUCUCGGAGUGGGUGAUAACUCUUUAAGGACAUUUGCUCAGAACUGCAGGAAUAUUGAACAGUUAAAUCUGAAUGGAUGCACAAAAAUCACAGAUGCAACCUGUACUAGUCUAAGUAAAUUCUGCUCCAAGCUAAGAAGUCUAGACCUAGCUUCAUGCACAUCUAUCACAAACCUUUCUUUGAAAGCUCUGAGUGAGGGGUGUCCACUCCUAGAACAGCUGAAUAUAUCCUGGUGUGAUCAGGUGACGAAGGAUGGGAUACAGGCACUGGUGAGAGGCUGCGGUGGAUUGAAGGCUCUGUUUCUUAAAGGAUGCACGCAGCUAGAAGAUGAAGCUCUGAAAUACAUUGGUGCUCACUGUCCUGAGCUAGUCACACUGAACCUACAGACUUGCUCCCAAAUCACAGACGAGGGACUGAUUACAAUUUGCAGAGGAUGUCAUAAACUACAGUCACUCUGCGUCUCUGGCUGCAGUAAUAUCACCGAUGCUAUUUUGAAUGCAUUAGGACAAAAUUGCAUUCGACUUAGGAUAUUAGAGAUUGCUAGAUGUUCACAGUUAACAGACGUGGGAUUUACGACGUUAGCCCGGAAUUGCCAUGAACUUGAGAAGAUGGACCUGGAAGAAUGUGUUCAGAUUACAGACAAUGCUUUAAUUCAGCUUUCCAUCUACUGCCCACGGCUUCAAGUAUUGAGUUUAUCGCACUGUGAACUGAUCACUGAUGACGGAAUUCGACAUCUUGGGAAUGGGGCCUGUGCUCAUGAUAGAUUGGAAGUGAUUGAGUUAGAUAACUGUCCGCUGAUCACUGACGCAUCACUCGAACAUCUAAAGAACUGUCACAGUCUGGAGAGGAUAGAGCUGUAUGACUGUCAGCAGAUAACACGUGCUGGGAUCAAGAGACUUCGGACACACUUACCGAACAUCAAAGUCCAUGCUUACUUCGCCCCAGUGACCCCUCCUGCAUCAGUGAGCGGUGGUCGCCAGCGUUUCUGCAAGUGCUGCAUUGUCCUAUGACACCAGCUUUCUUUUUUCCAAAUCUAUUUAAAUAGCAUUAGAAUGGAGACGAUUGAAUGCGUCAUCAGUGGUGAUCCUGGUUGAUUGUUGGACUGUACAGUAAGGCUGUCCAGUCAUUGUGGCUGUGACUGAUCACUUGGUUACUGGGCAGCGUAGGUGAUGCCCGUGUCUGUGGAUGCAGCCACAUACUAGUUCUGUCACUGUAUGAUUCAAUUCAGAGAUUUCCCAAGAAUAUGGAUAAUUUAUUUUUUUUAAAUCAAUGUUGGAUUAAAAAAAUUUUGGUUUUCAUGUAUUGCAGUGGGGGAAAAAUUUUAACCUGUUUUCAAAUUAUAUAAUCUAAGAUGGCAGCACCAGAGUGCUGCGUGACAUAACCACCUUUAAAACUGUGUACUAACCCUUUUGCCCACUAGUCUCACUUUACACAGUAAAGGAGGGGAAUUGUACAACUGAGUUCUUGGCUCCAAAGUUUUGUAUAGAGUUUGUUGGUCCAAACCUGCAGUAUAUCCUGCUAUUGCUUCCAUGGAAAAGAGGCAGUUGGAUGGCAUUUUUAGCAGUACAACUCGCAAGCUUAUUCAGUAUUGCACAGCUCGUCCUAUAACUCUGCCCUCCAAAAGAUAGCUGCUUUUCUUCUUUUGAAGUAUUCUGAAUGUUUUGUUUCUUUUUAAAGAAAUUUUCUUGUUUCUCCCCACCUGAACGCAUUGACUCCUUCCAUACCACACACAAGCGGCCAGUGUUGAUGUGUGAGUUGCAACUGUGAGUUUGGCAGGCUGUUUGAGGUUGUGGGUUCAGUUCAGGCACAAACCUGACCUCAUUUGACAUUUGGCCAGGGUUGCUGGGUAGAAAUGCAGAUCAGAAACCCAAGUGGAAAUUCUUUCCAGUGACUGGGUGGCUGAAACCAAUUGUAUUCUACCCGUCCUCUGGCUGAAAUCAGCAAACUCAGCACAGAAGAUAGAACAAACCUUGUAUGGCCCAGCUACUAGCUAUAUCAUUCUCUAUCAGUUCUGAGUAUCAAAACAGGGUAGCAGUUUCUAUAAUUCAAAGAAUACAGAACUAAGAUUGCAGUAUUUCUCCAGUCAUUUCUAUUUGACUAGCACUGUAUAACUCCACAUCGACACUCCCAAGCUUGUGGUUCCUGUUUCAGUUAAGACACUGGAGAGCCACACCAUGUGUAAGUUGCUUUUCCAUAUUCAUAGGAUCUAAAAUAUGCAUGAAACCGCAUCUCAAGAUGUUAGGGCUGGAACCAAAUGCAAUUAACAAUUUUAAAAUUAAAUUGCGCAAUGAAUAUAGAAGGUCUUCAUGUUUUUCACUUCAGAGAUUUGCGGGUGAUGGUGAAGCUAGGCGUGUAUCAUUGUGUUCAUGUUUUACAUAUUUUACUGUGAGUUUACAGGACCUUGCUUGAAGUUCUGAGAUCAGUGAUGCAUUCCUGAACUAAAUCUUCAUUGCAAAAACAUCUUGAAAGUAUUUACCAAUGACUGGCAGCACAACUGAAGUCUUUUAGUGCUUAGGUCGAAGAACCCACGACCCAUACCAUCAGAUCCACAAACCUUUUAGUUUCUGGACAAAAUUUUUGAUGAGGUGAAACUAUUCAAGGGAGUGAAACAUGCUAUAGGCUGGGUUUUGGAGGAGCAAAGGUUGGAGCUGUUUCUAUAUUAAUGGUUUGUCUCAGCACUGUUUUAUCAGUAAGUCUGGAAUUAUUGAGAAGUCACCCACGUUGCUUCUGAAUACAAAGGCACAAUAUCUGCACAGUGGUGAGUGGAACUAGCCAUUGGAAGAUGAGAAGGACAGUGACCUCCAAAACACCCUUUACAAAUCAAUAGCACAGGGAAUACUUAGCAGAACAAAUAACGCUCAUUGCAGUAGAUGCAUAUUUCCCAGCAAUUGUAUGUAAGAUGAAAGUAAUGAUGAGAAAACUUUUAUGUUAUUGUGUUUAUUUAUAUCCUCUUUGCUAUUCAUAUGUUUACACGUUUAAAAAAAAUGGAAUCCUCUUUACUAGUUAACGUCUGAUUUUUUUUGGGGAUGCUCCCGAUUGGCUGCUGUAACUUUGGUGAGAGAUCGGCAUCUACACAUUUCCAUUUACACAUAAGAUCAGGGUUUACACUGAUUUUCUGAAGAUGCAGCAGUCAUUUGAGAGAAGCAGUUAAAUUCCUGCCAGAGCACAUUUUCUAAGUUCCACCACUGGCUGUGUCCUGCCUGUGUUCCAGACUCUGUUUCUGUUAAUCUUGACUUAACUUUCAGUUCACUUGCAACUGCAUUUCUUUUUGAUUGUCUAAACUGCCAGUUUUUGUCUCAUUUUUUUCUUCCCUAUUCUAGAUGUUGCCUAGUGGGAAUGCCUUUGUACUGAUGGGCUUUUAACUACAGCUAUAUGUAUUGGCAGUUGGUUUGCAUGCUACAUUCAUAAUGUGCUGGUAGGAUAUAUGUUAAAUAUCCGUGCAAGUCAUUCUGUACUAACUUAUUGUCAACCCUGCAUCAUCCAAUUAACCCACCACUUUUCCCAGUGUUGGGAAGUCCUGGAGUCUUUUGUUGAUGGUUAAGAGAAAAAUACUGCAUCUGCUUCUAGUAUAAUACCCUACCAUGUACUUCAGAUUCUGGAUCUUGAGAUCAGGCUGUGCAAGCACAAAGCGGAGAUUGAAUUCUCAAACAUAGAAUUUUUGUUUGGCCCUUCUGUUCAGUAUUUCCAGAUUAAAACCUGAUCUCCUGGUCUGAUCAAUGUCCCUGUGGGUUGUUUGUCUCUGUCUGUCUUUCUCAGCACCUUGGGAUGUUUUACUAUGUUAAAUGCACUAUAUAGGUGGAAGUUGUAUACUUUUUUUUCUUCUUCUGACUAUCAGGUCAUCUCAAAGGCACCCACAGCUGCUGGCUCUUGCACCUAUUCAUCUAAAGCUGUUGACUUGGUUCCUGUUGUAUCUUCUGUUAGAAUAACAUCCAGGGCCACACAUUUGGUAAAUUGAUAGAUCUUUAGAACUCACAGCCAUCGGCACUAAUGUAAGACCAGUUUUAUCAGACACACUCCAACUUUUUUGGCAUUGUCUUCAGCAUCUCGUGUAUGGUUUUAUUGCUCCUUUGUGCAUUGAUCAUUCCCUGCUUCGGUCUGGAUAUUCUGCAUACCGUAGCAUCUGAACAAAUCAUCUAGAAGUCAACAAGCAGGGAUGGAUGGUUUCUUUGAAUGGUAGAACAGACUCAGUGGCCUACUUCCAUGUUCCUAUGAGUUGUGAUUCAAAGCUGCUUGCCUGAUCAUAAUCUAGUCUGGUUGGACAUCCAUAAUAAAUAAGCCUGUCUUAAAUUAGUGCCCUUGCAGGAGUAAGGGAGGGAACUUGAGUAUGUUUUUGGAUGGAUUAACUAAGAGAAGCUGAUUGGCCUCUCUUGCCCCAUAAUUAUCUUGGUAACUGCAGUCUAAUUCUGAAACAGCACCACAGUGGUAAAAUUGGUAAAUGUAUCAAUUGGUACUGGCAGAUUUUGUACAUGUAAUUAAUCCUCGCUGAAUUAUAGAACUUGGCCAUUAUCUCGAAUGGAGCAGACUUGAUCCUGUUCACCAAAGGGGAAUAAAGUGUAGAAAAUGCAUCUUUAACUAAUGUACACUUCCAGGGAUGCUUGAGGAAGCGGGCUUGGGUCAGCUGGUGAGAAUCAAACGGUAAUCUCCUCAUGGACUUGAUGCCAAGUGAUAGUAGAAAACCAAUAUGAUGUCAAUCCAGAAAUGCAUCUAAAUUGUUCUACACCAUGGUAUCAAAUGCAGUUUUGGGCUGUUAUGACAGAUGGGUACAUUUGGCAUUUGCUGACUCCUGGCCAGGCUGUCAUUAGAAGUAUUGUAGUCCAAGAAUUGAAUAGCAUUGGCUAGUACUGAAGCAGAGUGUUGUUCUAUUGGGCCAGUGCAGAUCUUGACAUUUUUUUUCAUUGGGGGUGUCCUUUAUCUUCCCUUGAAGCACCCUAUAUGAUGGAGUCUACCUUUGUGUAGGAACAGGCUAAGACCAUGAGGUAGAUCUAGCAAGUAGCAGUGAUGUGUUUGUAAGAUAAGUAGCACAAACAAACCUUGACCAUCACCUGCAGUAAAAGUCCUACUGCACUGUAAUGUUUAAAGCCUUUGUGGGCUUCAAAGCAGACAUAGUCAGCACUGUCUUAUCAUAACUAAUGCAAAAACAGAUAUUGCUGAAUAUCAGGCCAUCAAGGCCAUGGGUGGGAUCACCAAAGCAACAAUAAUUUAGAGGGAUUGAAAAAUGAAACAAACAGUAGCAAGAUCUUUGCAAGUUGGCAAUUUGAAAUCGGGAUGGACUCUGACUGGGAAAGGUACCCUCACUACUCACCUAACAUGAUGCAGACACAGUGGAACUAAUGGGGAACCUAUGCUGCCAUUCCCAGCACAUGCAGGGCUUUCAAGAGCCUGUGAAUGGAGGGUGUCAUGUCCAUAAGUAUAGCACACCAACACCAUGGGAUGCAAUUUCCCAGACCAGGUGUGGAGAAUCCUGAUAGGGUUUUUUGCUCUCUCUAGAAUGUGGCAAUAUCAAAUAGAAAUGACUAAUGUACCUGCAUGUGUAGUUUAUUAAGUGGCAUAUCAUCAUGUGAUCUUUAAAUUAGAAAGGUCCGCCAUAUCUUCCUCUUGGAGUCUCCUGCGGCCCAGUGGGAUCUACCUUCUAUACGGUUAUAGAACUUGGAGCUCAUGUAAGCUCUUUCUUAUGGAAGAACCUUCAAGGAGUGAACGGGUUAACAAAGGAAACUGAAGAAUUAUGUGGAAGUGUCAAAGAAUAGAAACCCAUGGCCACCUUAUAUCGCAUCAUGUGUUGGCGAAAAAAUCGUUGCAGAAAGGGAGUGGUUAGGGUGAAGUGGCACGGGGGUGGAUGGGAAAUGAAGUAUUAUUAAAUGGCACCUCUGCACCUCCUAGAUCAGAUAAGUGGAAGAUCUCAUCAGAUGAAGCUUCUUCGCAGAGUUGCUUUGAACAGUGAGAGAUUAAUUCCUUGUAAAAUGUGAGAAUACCACUGAAAAAUGACCUUUUCAGUUCAGUGUUAAUUUCACAACUUUCUGAAGAUCACUAUUGCAGCAUAGGAUAUGGACGUGUUACUGACAUAGUUGCUGAUUGCUCUCCUAAUAUGGCUAAGGCACAAUAUCAAGUUAAUAUAGUAGGAGAUCUGAUUUGUGAUAUGCCUGUACUGUGCUUUCUCCAGAAUGCAAAUAUUGGUUUACGCUUUUGAAUUCAAAAGCACAAAACUAUCCCUAGAUACUGAGUUAACUUGGUAAUCCUGGUGAUUAACCAGUUGACUUUUUGUGUUAUGCUUCAACUGUCCAGCCGAAGCUGUAUUUAGCAAGACAGUAACCUUUUACUGUGAGAUCAGUUGGUUUUAAUUUUUAACUGUUACAGCUGCAAAGCUUUGCUAUGCAAUUACUUGCUAUUUCCAUUUGAAAUCAAGCAAUAUAGUCGUAGGCAUAUUGGAAAUUGUGAAUAAUCCACAGUGGAACAUAGUCUAACCUUAAAAUGUUUACAUUUUGUUUUGGGUGGGUGGUGGAUGGGUGGUGGAGGAAAACUGAGAGCCUUCUUACAAUGUGACAUUAUAGAAAAUAGAGAGUAAUUCACCUCCACUUUUUAAAAAUGACAGUACCAGUCUUCUGGUUCAACUUAAUGCUGAUCUAGGUGUUCUGUUUGAUACUGUGUUCAGCAUGAUCACUGCAACCGUACAUGUGCAACUCAUUAAACAUUAGAAUAUUUUUAGAUCUUGAGUGGAAAAUGUAGGUAUUAAAUGGCUUUUAAAUCUUUUACGUUCUUCAAAUUUUAACAGAUUUGUUGAGGUAGUUGAAGUGAACAAAGUGAUCACAAAACAUUUAUUUUUAAAGUUAUGAAUUAAAAUUGGAUUCAUAAUGAGAAAAUACCCUGGAAUGUUGAUUGGAACCAUCACAAGCAAAAGCAAUUAAACCUCCUGCUGUGAAACACCAUUUCAGCCUGUAAUUCUAAAGUAUGUUGCCUCUAUAUUUCCAGUGCUUUCAACUUCCAAUUUCCAUUGAUUUCGAUGGAAAAAAGUCUAGUCUUGUUCUUCUGCAAUCCUUCCUUCUCCCCUCAGUAUGAAUGAAACAAUUGAAUUGAGUGUACUGGAUGAUCAACUGGACCUUUAUUUAGACUGCAUGCCCUGGACCAAGAAAUGGAAGUAUCAGCCAGGAAAGUCUCAUUUCUAACCACCUUGCAAUGAUCUGUUCUUUAGGGUGGAUGUUGAGUGGAUCGCUUGGACUGUGAGGCCCAUCAUAUUUAAACAAUCUGUAGAGGUUUGUGUGUGUUGAAUGGCUGCUUGUGCGAGGGAGCUAUAACUCAAUGUGGGUCCAGCCAUCAGGAGAGGAGGGGAGAGAAUUGACAAAUUGAAGUCACAUUGUAUUUUCAAUGUAAACCUGUGUGUACACGCAAACAUCCUAGUGUUCACCUUUGGUACAAGCUUAAUUUCUGACAUAUACUUGAGGAGUUUGCUGUAAUGAACAAAUGUAAUGUGAUGUAGAGAGUGGGUGAAAGGGUUAACCUGAUCAGAAGAAAAAUUACUACCUUUUUAAAGCUACAGCAUAAUCUAAGGAGCUGAAACAUUGUUUUAACAUGCGGUGAAACAGUGCAGUUCAUUUAUUUAUGCAAGGUAAGGCUACUUGAAGAAAAAUCAUUUUAAGAAUGUACAUAUUUUGUAAUAAUGAAGAAAAAAAAUUUUAAAAAAUUCAAUAGUGUGAUGUGCAGCCUUAAUCACCAAGGUUAUUCUCUUUAUAAAUUAUGUGAGAGAUUGAAGUCAUUAGUUAUUGAGGAUGUGACUCCUGACAGACAUACUCUAGUCCCAGUGCUGCUGCCUGUGGAAGGGAUAAUGAUACACUUCAGUAACAGGGAGUGGUUGGAGUGUAUGCAAAUGUGUAGAACUAUUUUUCUCUGCAUUUUUUUUUUACAUUAGUACUUUUUUUUUCCUCCAUGAAAUGAGAAUUAAACAAGUUUCAAGCAAACCUGGUCCAGAGCCAGUUUACAGUGAGGCCUGUAUGGUUGUUCAGCAAAAUAAUGUCAGAGGUUGUUCCCUGUCGCUAAACUGAUGUAUGAUGAUUUCCUUCCUUCUGUGUAGCUCCUGUGUAUGUCUCACCUGGUGGGACUAUCCAUAGAUUGGAUGGAGAUAAACCUGUGAUUCAAAGUUGGGUGUGUUUUUUCUUUGACCAUUCCCAUGUGUAAUUUUCUGAAAGUCAUUGUUGAAUCUAGAGUUUUUUUUCUCCCUUUUUUUAUGUUUUAACCCUUCAUCAAAUUUCAACCACUAAAGUGAGUAAAGACUGUCAGCUGUCUGUCUCAUUUCUCAAUACCAAGGUGGGUAGGGUGAUUUCAUUGCUGCAAGAGUCCAUACAGGCCUUACUAAUGAGAAAUAACCUGACAAUUUGUGUUUCAGCUUUGAAAGAAUGUGUUACAUUUAAAUGUUAAAUUUGGUAAAUAGGUUGAAAUCUUGUUAAAUCCCUUAUAUAAAAACCUGUGUUGUACAUACUGUAUUCCAAUUAUAUUGUAAUCUGUGCUAAUAUUCUCAAACACUGAGUGUUCAUAAUAUAAUGCCAAUGUAUUAAAUAGUGGAGUAUUUCCUU